AUGAAUUAUGAUUAUAUAGGGGCCAUUAAAAUUAAAGAUGGACUAUUUUUAGGAGAUUAAUUUGCUGCCUAGGUAUUCUAUAAUGGUUAGAUUAGGAUCUUGAAUUUAUUGUUACUAAUAAAGUUUCAAGAAUUAUUAACUGUGCAUCUAAAUAAAUACCAAAUCACUGGGAAUCUAUUGGAAUUAUUUAUAUGUCAUUUCCAUGGAUGGAUAAUGAUUAAUAAGUAAGAAACCAUUAAUAAAUCAUUAGGUUAUUUUAUAAUAGGAUGAAAUAAUAAAUAAUAUAAUGAAAUUUGUAGAUGAUGCAUUAAAUAAUGGAGAAAGUGUUAUUAUUUUAUCAGUUAAAGGUCAUAACCGAUCAGUAGCAACCUUAUGUGUUUAUUUUAUGAAGAAAUAUAGAUGGACUCUUUAUAAAACUCUUUAAUAUAUGCAUAAUAGAAGACCAGAUUUAGAAAUCAGAGCUCAUUUCUUUAAUUAGUUAUUAUCAAUUGAAACAAGAUUAUAAAAAUAAGGAUAUGGUGCAAAGACUUAUAAUUGGGAUGAAAUUUAUACAUAAGGUGAAAAUGAUGAAAUUGUACUUAGAAAUACAUACUUAAAUUCUUAAGCAUAAGGAGUAGCUGAAUUUAAGGAUCAUGAUCCAAAACCAAAGGAAUCUAAGUUUAUUAUCAAUUAUAUUAUAUAUUAGAUUAAAAUUUGCUGAAAAAGUUUCUAUGUAUAUACCACCUUAUGAUAAAGUUGUAUUCUCUAAAACACGAUCUUUAAUUUAAAAUGCAAAACCAAUUAUAAAAUUAUCAGGUUCAUCAAAAUAAAUUGAUCCAUCAUUUUAAUAAUCAACUUAAAAAUAAUAAUCUAUCAAUAUCUAGGAUUAAUCCAAUUAACAACCUCAAAAAGAUUCACAAAAAUAAUCUCUUUAAUAAAUAUAGCCUCCUUAAUCUUAAGGUACUCAACAAUAAAGGUUAACCAAAAGUGAUAGUGUUAAAUCUGGAUAAGUACUUGAUAAUAAUGUUGUUUGUAUAUAUUUUAUUAUAUUCUAUAGAACCAUAAAGAAUUUAAAUGAAUAAUUUCAUGGACUCAAGAGAAUAAUUUCUAUAGAAGACUCAAUAAUAAAAUGGACCUCGUAGACCCUAAACUGCUCCUAAUUAACUCAAAGCUCCAAGAGUUUAAACAACUCCUUAUAAAAGAAAUACAAGUUCAGGUCAAAGAUAAGAAGCUGGAUAAUAACCAAAUUCUUAAUUUAAACCUAUGAGAUAAAGAGCAUAAUCUCCAAAUUCUGCAUAUAAUUCCUAAAAUCCAUAUGUUCAAAGAUAAUUUAAAGCCAAAGCAUGGAAAAAAUGA